AAAGACAACCAAGCAAAUCCAUAAAAUCAUUAUGGCCAUUGAAACCCCUCGUCAUAUGUCAUUCGAAAGAAACAUGCUUCUGGUAUUUUCUCUUCUUAUUUCAUUUGUGGCUGCAACCAUAGCUCAAGCUUCUCCACAACUUCAAGUUGAAUGUGACAUUGUUCCAGUGACUGAAUGUCCAGUAACAUGUGGUGGAGGUUGGCAACUUAUGAAGUACGCAUGCGUGGAGAAGACCGACAAUUGUGCAUGCCCGAAAAAUCCCAUUAAAUAUCAAUGCAACAACCGUCCUUGUCUUGGUAAAGAUGCAACUCUUAUUGACAAAUACUACGAUGAAGAUAAUAAACAACAACAGGAAAAUGGUGUUGAAUAUGUAGAGGACAGCGCCGAAAAUGUACCAAUCAAGAAGGCUCAACCAUAAAAAUACAUGUUUUUUAUUGAAACAGUUUUAAUAAAUUACGACAAACAAUGUUAA